AUAUUAGAGUUAUUCCAAAUCAUACGCUCUCGCAACACCUAGUUUUGAAAUAAAUCCUUCGUGGAGACCAAACUGAAUCUUGAUCAGCAUGCUAAAUGAUGAGGCCGAAUAUUCUCCUCCAGCAUCCAUGGCAGAGGCUUUGGCCACGAGAAAGAAGAGCAUGAACAGAAGGAGGUUCAGCGAAGAACAGAUCAAAUCACUGGAGUCAAUUUUCGAGUCUGAGUCACGGCUUGAACCCAGAAAGAAGUUGCAGCUGGCCGGAGAGCUGGGACUGCACCCGCGCCAGGUUGCAAUAUGGUUUCAGAACAAGAGAGCUAGAUGGAAGUCAAAGCAGCUUGAACGAGACUACACCCUUCUACGAGCUAAUUACAACAAUUUGGCUUCCCGGUUUGAAGCUCUCAAGAAGGAAAAGCAAGCUUUGAAUAUACAGUUUCAGAAGCUAAAUGAUCUCGUGCAGAGGUCCAUGGAGGAAACUGAAAGUUGCAGGGGGGGUCUCUCCGUAGAAACCAUUGAUGGAAAAUCUGAAAACGGCCACAGAGUCAAGUAUGAGUCUGAAGUAAAACCUAGUGUGUCAGCUGAGGAACUCGAGAAAUCAGAACAUGAACUAGAGGUUCUUUCCAACUAUGGUAGUGGCAUAAAGGAAGACUAUAUUGGAUUGGAAGAGCCUCAGCUCAGGGAACCUGCUCAAGGCUCCUUGACAUCAUCAACACCAAAUUGGAACAAUUUAGACUCUGAGGGUCUUUUCAGUCAGUCCAAUACCAGCGGCCAAUGGUGGGACUUCUGGUCUUGAAAAGUAAAAGCACUCAAAGAAAGUAUAGAGGAAAUGUAAACAAAUAAAAUUCCUAUUUCUAAUAGAUCAUCCUAGAAAUGAUUUCAGCUCACAGGACGAGGAAAUUUUCAGAAAAUAUGGCUUCUAUCAAGUUAAAAAAGGAUAGCAAUGGCUCUGAAGUAGAUGGUUCAAGCACUGAUGCUCCAAAUUCACCAUAACUGCAGAUGGAAGUCAGAAAAUGUUGUGUGUAUAACCGAAAAAUUCGAUGAGCAACUCUAGGAAAUAGCGAACCUACAAAGAGUGGUGCCUUGGAAAACUGAAACAAUUUGCUCAGCUUCAUAUGCAGACAAGGAUGCAGUCUGGAUUGUUUCCUGUGUACGAGUUUUUCUUCUUGUUCCCGUUUUUCUGUCUGGUUGGUUUAGUUAUGCUCUAGUUCUCAUUUUACACAAAAACAAUCUCAGAUUUUUCGUGCUCCUUUAGCAUCGUGUCAUCUGACAAAAAAUUUAAUCCAUCAUAUAAAGAAAUCGAAGGAAUAAUGUCAGUAAAAGAGAUUUUUAAUGCUCGAAAUUUAAAUAAUGGAGAUUAGUCCUCUGCUGAGAGUAGCUAAAGUCUGUCCAUCUUUUUGAUCGGAGAAUCUUCCAGAGAUCUUUUGAUCAUGUAAAUGAAUCAAGUAAUAGCAAGUAAUUUAACUUAUCUUCA